GGUGUUCGCGGAGCGACAAACUGGAGGGGCAGCUUUUUAUUCGUUUACACAAAGCAGCACCGGCUCCGUGCACAGGACCAGCUCUCAGCGGCUGCUCAGCCUGCAGGAUGAACUUCAAGAACCUGAGGGAGUACUUGGCCUGGCUGUACUACCAGUACCUGCUCAUCACCGGCAUCUAUGUUCUGGAACCAUGGGAAAAGUCCAUCUUUAACUCCAUCCUCUUCUCUGCCAUCGCCAUGGUGAUCUACACCUCCUACGUCUUUGUACCUAUCCAUGUCCAUUUGGCACUGGAGUUUUUCUCCGGUAUCUUUGGUGGCCAGCCUGAGAGCACCAUGGCCCUCAUGAACUAAGAGGCGGAGGGAAAGAAGCAGCGACUGGAUGGAUUAGAGCAAGUCUUUAAAGCAAUUCCCGUAACUCAAACUCCUUUACGCCUCAGCAGUUCAUCUCAUCACCUGAUCCUGACCUCACCUGAGUUGAAAAUAUGAAGAUUUCUGAGGAAUGUUCUCUGGAGCUGUCUUCUUUACAUCUCACACCCUUCAGCCUUACCCCAUGGUAUUAGACACACAACUGUACAUUACUUUCUCAACCUCACUGUGAAGUAUUUUGUGAAAUCUUGUUAGUCCUGGUUUGUUUUUAUUUCCAUAUGUCCUGUGUGAGUGCAUACCACCUCUUGGAUUUGCAUGAUAGGGUCAUACAUGUGUGUCAGAUUUGCAUGCUUCUCUUCCUAUAAUUAUCUACCAUGACUAGACUCUGGUCUCUCCAUCACAUCCUCUGAGCUACAUUGUGAAACUGUUUGUAGUUUUUCUGUUUACCCCUCAGCCCACCAAAGCUGUAGACCUUUUGUCAUUACAUUUAGCUGUACAUCUCUCAGUCCUUUAAUGUCUACACAUUCUAAUUAGUUCUUUAUCGUCUCCUAUGGGGGAUAUUGACUUUGCAGCACAGCAGUGUAAAAGAUAACAGAAGCACAUCACAUGCUUACAACAGGUCAAGUCUGGGAGCUUCACUGUCCAUCACCACAUCCAUCACACCAUAGAUGACAACCACCCAGGCAAUCCAUCAACCCAUCCCCACUCCUUUAAAGUAACAUCUACCUGCCAAAGCCAGGUGAAAUGUUGAUGUCCCCUUGACCUUCUCCAGCCACUGGAGUCCUCAAUUCUGGGGCACCUGCGUGCUGGAUCACGCAUGGUUAAACACAUCACAUUUCCAAAAUGUCAGUAAUGUUACCUCAUAAUAUAGACUUCAUGUUAAUAACAGGGAAACAAACACACAAAUUUAAAAUUUAAAGUCACAAAAUACACCAAGGUCUGCACAUAAGAGCUUUGAUAAAAUUGUACAAUUUAUUACUAGAAAACAGGUUGUGUGACACAUUUUUCUAGAUAUAUUUGCCCUA